UGUAUGCGUCCACCUGUCAGCGCGGAAUGUGUGCGGCUGAAACAUGAGCCUCAUGUAGGCUGUGGAGCAGAUUCGCGCGUCGGGCUUCCCUGGGUCGUGCGGGAGCGUAGGGCAGCAUAAGUGGCGGUAAGAUGGGACGCAAAGAAGCUAUAAUUAUACCAGAGCAUAGCGGGAGACCAUCCAAACUCGGCCGGCUGUGGGGCACCUUAUACCUAUCGUCUUAUCCCAAGGGGGCAGAGAGAGCUUCCUAGAUACGAACACGCCAAGAGAGCAGACCGCGCCCGCGCAUAGCUUCUAGAAUCGAUCGCCACGCGACACUCCUCCACCUCGACCGGCAGGGGGUGGGCAAGAUCUCACCGGACGACGUCUAUAAGGUGGCCGCCAUGGCCAGUCCGCUACCUAUUCUCUCGUCUUCACCCAGCUCCUGUCCUCACUCCGUUCUUUUCCUCGCUCCAUUCUUUUCUUCGCUCUGUUCUUGUCUUGAACCGUCCUUCGCUAGACUCUUGAUAAUACCUACCGAUUCGUCGCUCACUUAGCACUCACCACCUCUCGCCACCAUGCUCACCCGCUCGUUACUUACCGUCCUCGCGCUGGCCGCAGCCUCGGCCGCGAGCGCCAUACCCCGUGCCGACGGCGCCUGCGCGAACCCUGCCGUCCGCAAGGAGUGGCGCGAGCUCAGCGACGUCGAGAAGGCCGAGUACAUCCGCGCGGCGGUGUGCCUGCGGGGGCUGCCCAAGGCCAAGUACGCCGAGGUGGACGCGGUGACGACGCGGCUGGACGACCUGGUGUACACGCACUCGGCGCUCAACACGGAGAUCCACUUCGUGGCGAACUUCCUGCCGUGGCACCGGUGGUACGUGCAGCUGCACGAGGACCUGCUGCGGACCGAGUGCGGCUUCGCCGGCACCCAGCCGUACUGGGACUGGAGCAUCGACGCCGACGCCGUCGACACGCCCAACUCGCCGCUCUUCGACCCGGCCACCGGCUUCGGCGGCAACGGCCGGCGCACCGGCAGCGGCGAGCCCGGCUUCCAGCACUGCGUCGUCGACGGCCCCUUCGCCAACACGAACCUGACCCUCGGCAUGGGCUGGCCCAACGUGAACGACGGCGGCCACCGCCCGCACUGCUUCACGCGCGAGUUCAACGGCGGCAUGGGCAACGACGAGAACGGCGACGCCAUCAUCGGCGACAUGCAGGCGACCGCGUACAACUCCAACGUCAUGAACAUCAUCUACGGCUUCGACAAUUUUGCCGCGAUGUCCAGCAUGCUCGAGGGACUGCCGCACGCACAGGUCCACAGCAUCCUCUUUGGCGACAUGGGCCCUUCCACGUCGCCCAACGAGCCUCUCUUCUUCCUGCACCACGCCAACGUUGACCGUGCCUGGGCUAAGUGGCAGGGCCGUAACGCUACCCGGCUGGCCGAUUAUACCGGCUUCCGGGACAACAACAAGGUCAUCUCGGCCUCGAUCACCGACCCCAUGCCCAUCCUGGAGCUUGUCGACACCGAACCGAUCGUGCAGGACUAUAUGGACAUCCAGGCCGGCCCUCUGUGCUAUACCUACUCGUCUUUAUAGGUAAAUGCCGUUGUGGUCGGGCUGAGCUUGUAAGCAGGUUCAUUGAUACGAUGCCUUAAUUGGGUGCAUUAUCAGCUGGAGGGGAAAAGGAGAAAACCCUUCUGAAAGGGUCGAUGGAGGGACUACUAUGUACCUGUGGGGUUGCUAAUAGUUGGUUGCCGAUUGAUGAUCGGCCGGCUUAGUGAUCGAUGGUUAUUGAUAUCCCUUGCCGAGCUGCUCGAGUAACUUCGGAGCUGGCUAUCGUGGCUGUAGCCUCUACCUAUUAGCUGUACUGGCAUUUGGCUUGAGCCCGGCGUUUGGAACACUAGACCGUAGCGUAGUACCUAGAUAUGUUUGUCGGAUCUGGGUAGAAGGCAGCUUGCUCAUCUACUAGGUACCUAUUAUGUUGGUGAUUGAGCAAGGUAUCAAUACAGUAUCGAGCGAAAGAACCCUCCUCUUUGGGAACAAUCCUCGCAAAUAAUGAACAGUGUCCACAUUAGGUAGUAGGUAACGAUAAU